AAAAAGGCAUCAACCAACUGGUGUAAGGAACGUCACUGAAUUCCCAUCAUGCGUCGCAAAAGGAACCAUUACCGCGAAAACACGUUUUUUUUUUUACAGUUGCGAAUGGUCAAAUGAAAACAGUGUAUCAACUGCACGAUUUUUAGAAGGAGACCUUUUAGGAUCAAUCAUGACAGGAAAAAACACUUCCACUGAUUUUCUCAAAGAUGUAGUGGCAUAUGUUGAUGUGUGGUCUGCCAGCAGAAUGGAGGAUUAUUCUGAUCCGUUCAUGCAGCAGCUGCAGGACAUGGGUGCAGAGGUAUCUAAGACACUCAACAAACAAGUGACCCACGUAGUCUUCAAACAUGGCCGGCCGUCCACAUGGAAGAAAGCCCAGAAAAUGGGUGUGAGGAUUGUUUCACUACACUGGAUUUGCAGAUGCAAAGAGAGUAAUGGACGUGUAGAUGAAAAUCUUUUUCCUGCUCAAAAUGAAGAGUCCAAACUUCAUCUAAAUAAAAGAACACACCGUUGCAUGCAACCUAGAGAUAUUCCUAUAAAGACCCCUGAGAAUGACCGGCGGCUGAAGAAAAAAUUGGACAAGAUGAUGGAAGGCCUGAUCUGCUCAUCCCCCGUUGUUUCCGACACAUCACCAUUCGUUAUUGAUGAGGAAAAUGGAGUAGUGUACAGUCCCUCUUUAAAACGCUCUGACAGCAUGGCCCAGCGACUGAGAGAAAUGAGAGCUCAACGAGAACAUCUCUCACCCACUUCCUCACAGAUGCUGGAUAGUGCCUCAGGAUGUAAUUCACCUAGACCACCUCAUGGGGCUUCACCAACUCUGUCUUUCUCACAACAACUAGAGGAAGAGCCUUUGGAUUGCUUCUCAACCUCUCACUUUCAUUCCUCCAAGAAAAGAGAUGAACAAGAAAAACAAAACUGUAAUAAAAAGUUAAAAAUGAAAAUGACAAGUAAAAGGAAAAAAACAAUACCUCCUGAAUCAGACACAGCCAUGGUUAUGUGUAAUCUGGCCAGUGUUGAAACACAUAGUAAAGUCUCACCUAUAUCUGCCAGAUCAAGAAGGUCUUUAGUGAACAACAUUGGAGGAAAGAAACAGUCCACUUUAGAGAGUUACAAAGAAACAGAGAAAAGAAAACAAAGCUCACACCUCAAACCACAAACUGAAAACAGUGGAAUAUCUACAGAGUUAUCGGGCAGCCCUGAAAGUUCUUUGCCUGAAAACCUGACAAAAAACAAUCACAAAAACAUCAGAAGUAUACAGCAAUCCAAUGAUCUGCAGACCAACCGCAAACGUUUAUACUCCAAGAAGUGGACUUUAUCAGACAGUUGUUUUACAGAAAUUGAAAGUGAUGGUUCGGUAACACCCAAACCUGUUCAUAAAUUUCGACGUCAAACUUCUGCUGUUUUGUGUUCUGCUGACUCGGUUGGUGAUGUUCCUAAUAGAGAUGUUGUGGAUGGUGAGGUGUUUGAAGACUACUUCUCCCCAGCCAACAAUGCCCUUAAACAAAGGGUCAUUUUAUUUGGGUCGACCCCAGAAAGAAUGCACAUGCCUGCUUUUGACCUGGUAGACUCAAACAAGAGGAAGGGCAAGAGAUCAUUUGGUAAAAAGCGAAAACAUGAAAAUAUUGACAUUAAAGACUUGGUGGUUGGCUCACAAUGCUCUGCUCCUGAGACACAUGAAUCAAGGCCUGAAUGUUUGUCUGUGGGGACACGUGAGUUGCCCAGGUUUGAAGAAAUAAAACUUGAGGCAUUGGCAAAGAAACAGAGGACACAAACUAGGUUAAGCUCUGCUGUUCUUUCUGAAGGGAAGAAGUGUAAAAGCUCAAUUGAGCUCAGUCCUGCUAAUGAAAAGAAGCCCUCAACGGCUACUUCUCCAGUGUCAUCCUCAGCGAUUAAUGUGAAUCUACAAAUACAGAACUGUCUUGAAACGGCCUCUGACCCCAAACAUGCCAUUGAAAAGAGACAGAUGGGUUUAAAAAUUGCCGGGAAAGAAAAUGAAAGCACAGCUGAUGGGAGCAUUGAGAGAAGCCUUGAAAUGAGUAGCAAACCAAGCCAUAUGAAAAAGGACAAGUUCAUGAAGAAAAAUAGAUCCUUGGUAAUGACGAGCAUGCCCACUGAGAAGCAGGAGGUAGUCUUCCAGCUGGUCAGAAAUCUGGGUGGUUUUACAGUGGUGGAUAAUGUGUGUGAAAGCACCACUCAUGUGGUGUCCGGCAGCCCACGACGGACCCUUAAUAUCUUGUUAGGCAUCGCACGGGGCUGCUGGAUCCUCUCCUUUGAAUGGAUCCUGUGGUGUUUGGAGCACAGGCAGUGGGUUCCUGAAGAGCCUUAUGAGCUGUCUGAUCAUUUCCCUGCUGCACCUAUAUGCCGUCUGCAGCAGCAUCUCUCUGCUGGGGAACAUCAGCAGGAUCUGUUCCAGCAACAGCGGCCCAUGUUUGUGUCCCCAAACUCCCAGCCCCCCUGCAACAGCCUGACAGAACUCAUUCAGCUUUGUGGAGGAACUGUAUGCCGGAGUGUCCGACAGGCUGGAAUCUUUAUUGGACAGUAUAAUGGCAAAAAAACAGAGGGGAGCUGCAGUCUUUCUGAACAGUGGAUUUUAGACUGUGUCACACACCUCACACUGCUCCCAUAUGAAAAUUAUGUCUUGGAAUGAAGAACCCUGGAAUGUGAUACUCCUGUAGUUAUACAGUUUGGCUUUGACUUUUUUUUUUUUAUUUAAUUUUUU